AUGCGGCACUUGAAACCAGAGGAAUAUUAUUUGCGACAAUUGAGGGCAAAGGGCAAAAGCGUUGCGUUGGUGAAUGAAGCGCCACUCGGCAGCACGAAUACUAUGCACCAUGCGGUUGGACCGUUUAUGAUGAUCUCACAAUUGUUAGCCACAUUGCCUGUGACUGGCGUUUGGCUCAAACCCAAUGUAGAACACGUCCACUUCAGCUGGUGUACACUGAUUUCAAUACUUUCCCUCACUCUGAUUACUUUCUCGGUCAUCGAUGUGGUACUCUCAACAAAGGUCGUGAUCGAAUUGGGCUUGAAGCUGUACACUGUGGGUCCUUUCAGUUUCAGCAUCAUAUCUGCUCUGAGUGUGAGCUCAUUUUUACAUUUGGCACGCAAAUGGCCCAAUAUGAUAAAGCAUAUGCAUCGUUGCGAGCAGGUAUUUCUGCAGAACUCCUAUGCCAAUGCAGAAUCACGAAACUUUACUCAUAAUGUGCGUAGGUUUGGCGCAAUUUUGCUUUUUGGCGCUGCAGUGGAGCAUUCGGUGUACAUCGGUUCGGCUAUUUAUAAUAACGACCUUCAAAUUAAGACAUGUAAUUUGUCAGUGGAUUUUUGGAAAAACUACUUUAUGCGUGAACGCUUGCAUAUAUUUUCGAUAUUCAAUUACCAUGCCUGGUUGAUACCAUUAGUGGAGUGGAUUACAAUUUCGUCCACAUUUGCCUGGAACUAUGUGGAUAUAUUUUUGAGCAUGAUUUUUCGCUGUUUUGCCAUACGUUUCCGUCAAAUGCACUGGCGUAUAAAGCGACAUGUAAAACAGCAUAUGGGGGAAGAAUUCUGGCGGGAUGUGCGUUACGAUUUUAUGGCUCUAGUCGAUGUGCUGCAUCUCUACGAUGAUGGAUUGUCAACACUGAUACUUGUGUCAUGCUGCAAUAAUCUAUACUUUAUAUGUGUGCAAAUAUUUCACAGUUUCAAGUAA